AUGGCGCCGGGACUCGAAGACCCCCGGAUGAUGUCCGUCCAGCCGCGGAUCCGCUAUAACACCGUUGGCGGCAUCAACGGGCCCCUAGUUUUCCUUGAUAAUGUCAAAUUCCCACGCUACAACGAGAUCGUGUCGUUAACGCUGCCCGAUGGGUCCGAGCGAUCGGGCCAGGUCCUUGAAGCGAGGGGUAACAGGGCCGUUGUUCAGGUGUUUGAGGGGACAUCCGGGAUCGACGUGAAGAAGACCAAAGUCGAAUUCUCCGGUCACAGUCUCAAGCUCGGCGUGUCCGAAGAUAUGUUGGGCCGGGUGUUUGACGGCUCCGGCCGUGCCAUCGAUAAGGGCCCCAAGGUGCUCGCCGAGGACUACCUGGACAUCAACGGCAGUCCCAUCAACCCGUACUCCCGAGUAUACCCCGAAGAAAUGAUUUCGACCGGCAUCUCCGCCAUCGAUACCAUGAACUCCAUUGCUCGAGGACAGAAGAUUCCAAUUUUCUCCGCAGCCGGCCUUCCACACAAUGAAAUCGCGGCCCAGAUCUGUCGCCAAGCGGGUCUUGUGAGGCCGACAAAGGAUGUCCACGAUGGGCACGACGACAACUUUUCCAUUGUGUUUGCUGCCAUGGGUGUUAACAUGGAAACCAGCCGCUUCUUCACAAGAGACUUUGAGGAGAACGGUAGUAUGGAGCGCGUGACAUUGUUCCUGAAUCUUGCCAAUGACCCAACAAUUGAACGUAUCAUCACCCCCCGCCUUGCCUUGACUACCGCAGAAUAUUACGCAUACCAGUUAGAAAAGCACGUCCUUGUCAUCUUGACUGAUCUCUCUGCCUAUUGUGAUGCUCUCCGUGAGGUUUCUGCUGCCCGCGAAGAGGUGCCGGGUCGCCGUGGUUAUCCCGGUUACAUGUACACUGAUUUAUCUACGAUCUACGAACGAGCCGGCCGUGUGCAGGGCCGUAAUGGUUCCAUAACUCAAAUUCCGAUCUUAACCAUGCCUAACGACGAUAUCACGCACCCUAUUCCCGAUCUAACAGGCUAUAUUACUGAGGGCCAGAUUUUCAUCGACCGCCAGCUGUACAACAAGGGUGUUUACCCACCAAUCAACGUGCUGCCUUCCCUCUCCCGUCUCAUGAAAUCUGCCAUUGGCGCGAAGCGUACUCGCAGUGACCACGGCGACGUUUCCAACCAGUUGUAUGCAAAAUACGCCAUCGGUCGCGAUGCAGCUGCCAUGAAGGCUGUCGUUGGUGAGGAGGCGCUCUCCGCUGAAGACAAGCUCUCUCUCGAGUUCCUGGAUAAAUUCGAACGCACUUUUAUCUCACAGUCGCCAUAUGAGUCUCGCACAAUCUUCGAGUCCCUGGACAUUGCAUGGAAUCUGCUCCGAAUUUAUCCCAAGCACCUUCUCAACCGAAUCCCGAAGAAGAUUCUCGACGAAUAUUACCAGCGUUCUGCAAAGACUCGGUCGUCGAAACCAACCAAGGACACGAGGGACACGAGCGGCGGAGAUACCACAGCCGAAGGGAAUCUAAUUGAUGCGUGA